AUGCCAAGGACAGUAAUUAUUGCCAUAGACAACACUGAACGUGCGGAGUCUGCCUUUGAUUUUUACACCCAGUAUGUCAUGAUCAAAGACGACAAGAUAGUUCUAGUCCAUGUCUCUGAAUUCACGUCACUUGUCCAAGCUCCAACCUUGCUGACUGACCCAGUUAUGUCAGUUGAGCUCAUCAAGGAGGCAGAAGUAAUGGUGAAACAGCUGUUGGACAAGUACAGUGACAAGUUUAAGGAGUUGCAUCUGGGCGGAAAGGUGAAGCAGAUGGCAGGGAACAUAGGCGAGGCCAUUAUAGCAGCAUCCGAAGAGGAGAACGCAGGCCUGAUUGUCUUAGGGGCCCGGGGUAUGAACAGAAUUCAGCGUACAUUCAUCAGCAGCGUCAGCGACUAUAUCCUUCAGCAUUCUCAGGUGCCUGUGUUGAUUUGUCCUGCCAAACGGUCAAAGAAGAAGUCAUUGAGAAACUGA